AUGCCUCCACAAGAAUUCUCUCUACAAGACGCCAGUAUCUCCGAACUCCACUCCGCACUCUCCUCAGGCUCUCUCUCUAGCGUGGAAUUGGUAUCCAAAUACCUCCGACGAAUCAGCGUCUACGACGCAAACAGCCUAAAGCUCUCCGCCAUCCCAAUCCUCAACCCCUCCGCGCUCGACGAAGCAGCCGCCUCCGAUGCCCGGCGCGCGGCAGGUCUACCGCCCCGUCCACUAGAGGGUAUCCCCUAUCUAGCAAAAGACAGCAUCAAAGUCAAGGGCAUGACAGUCGCAUGUGGAUCGCCUGCAUUCGAGACCCUCAUCGCCAACGAAGAUGCCGCAUGUAUCCAGCUUCUCCGCGAGGCAGGCGCUGUCCUUCUAGGCCGCACGAACAUGCCCGCAAUGGCGUACGGCGGCAUGCAGCGCGGAUCAUACGGGCGCGCCGAAAGCCCGUAUAACAGUCAGUAUCUGGCUGCGGCGUAUGCAUCCGGUUCAUCGAAUGGAUCGGCUGUUGCGACGGCGGCGAACUUUUGUGCUUUUUCGCUGGGUAGCGAGACUGUUUCUUCGGGUCGUUCGCCGGCGUCGAAUAAUGCCGUUGUGGCUUACACGCCUUCUAAGGGUCUUCUUCCUGUUCGUGGUGUCUGGCCGCUAUACAUUACGUGUGAUGUCUUGGUACCUCAUACCAGGACUGUGGCGGAUAUGUUCCGUGUGCUUGACGUUCUAGCCGUCGCCGAUGCUAGGCCCACGGGCGAUUUCUAUCAGCAACAGAAACUCGUCUCUCUCCCUUCAAUUGACACACUCCGACCAGAGACGUAUUCGACACUACAGGACGAUAUAUCCUUGCGCGGGAAGCGUAUCGGUGUGCCAUCAAUGUACAUUGGCGGCGAUGACUCUUCCAUUAAACCAGUUAGCAGAGUCAACACUCGACCCUCUAUCAUCAAACUCUGGCAGCAUGCCAGGACGGUACUGGAAGCGUGCGGUGCAGAAGUCAUCGAGACAGACUUCCCACUCGUAACAACCUACGAAGCAAACGCAGACAAGGGCCAGCUCGUCACCGUGGCAGGACUACCAGAAGGCUGGCCUGCACUGGAGCGGUGCGAGCUAGUCGCGCAUAUCUGGGACGACUUCCUGGUCAACAACGGUCAGAAGGGGUUCGAAUCUCUGGCUAAGGUUGAUCCAGCGACUAUUUUCCCGCUUGCACCAGGGUCGCUCAAGGGUGCGCCUGAUGCAGCCAAUGCGUUACGAUGGGAGGAAAUGGUCCAGUACCCGCAACGAAGGCCUGAAUCUGUCUACGACAUCCCCGGUCUUCAACAGGCGAUCCAAGCUCUAGAGAAUGCGCGCAAGGAAACACUUGAAAACUGGAUGGAUAAGCUUGGGCUGGAUGCUGUGGUUUUCCCUGCUAAUGGUGAUGUCGGUGCUGCAAAUGCGGACUGCGAUGAGGCGGCGUCGCUCUUCGCUUGGAGUAAUGGCGUCAAGUACUCGAAUGGAAACCGGCCUAUGCGUCAUCUUGGUGUGCCGACCAUUUCUGUGCCGAUGGGUGUUAUGCAUGAUACUGGGAUGCCUGUCAACCUCACAUUCGCUGGGAAGGGGUACGAUGAUAACAGUCUGCUUAAGUAUGGCUUUGCUUUUGAGAAGGCAAUGAAGGCACGCGUUCAGCCACCACUGGUGCCUGCUCUUGACUCGGAUAGUAUUGAGGUCGGUCAAGACGUUCAGCCGUGGAAUUCUCGGUCGACUGUUGAGUUGGUGGUGGAAACGCAGGGAAAGAAAGUCCAAGACUCCAAUGUUGUGGUUCAGAUCCAGGGUUCGAUCGUGCCAAAUGAUGCUGGGCUGGAGAGUCUGGAAUGUUAUGUUAAUGGUGAACCGUUCAGGCCGGUAAUAGAGGGCGAGAGAUGGUCCCUUGUGGCUUCAUAUCCUACGUCAGAACGUGAUCAAAGUUGGGAGAGGUGGUCGAGUCCUGCUUUGAGGCAGACAAUCGUUAUCAUCACAGCUCGUACGAAGGCUGGCUCGACAGCGGGCAAGUUGAUAUUAUUGUAA